CAUGACAACGCCUUGCAGUGCCACCGCAUUCAGUCCAUUGUCGUUGAAUGCAAGCCAAGCCUUGGCUUCGGACAAUUAUGCGGCCAUCUACUGCGCUGCCAUUGCUGCGAAUGCUACCCUUCGAGACCCUGGCUGUGACAAAUAUGUGAACCAGACCCUCGGUUUUAAUAUCCCAACUGUGACCAACGCAUGUGACUACUCGAUCAAAGUAGUUGCAGUGAAUCUACCCCAACUGAACUCGCUCAAGUUUGCCAUUUUCACCUGUCGAUUUGCCGACCCCAUGGGCGCUCGUGCGAGCCCAACGCCACAAUAUCACUUUACGAAUCCUGUGGACGCAAUGUCGCCGUCCACAAAGGCGCAGUUGUCCACUGAAUCUUCCAUCGCGUUGGGCGCCCUGUAUGACAACCACACCAGUGGACUCUACUCGCUGCGAGACUUGCAACUGAGCGAUUUUUUCCCGUUCGUCGAUUCGGACCUUAUAGUGAAUGGAGGCCCGGUGUCCCUGCCAAACCAACUUGGACGCCUCGUGGUGACUCAAGACGGUUCGAUUGACGCCCCGGACGACUGCAGAUCACGCAAUUUUACCGAGUCUCUUGUGACCUUACCUCCUUCCCGGAACCCCCUGCAAUGGGCUUUGAAAGCCACGUUAAUGCGAUUGAAAUAUUUGGCCAUCAACAACGACGACCCGUCCAUCUCGGAUUUUGCCACCAUUGCACCAGACGAUUUGAUUGUCGAUUCGGCUGUACCGUUGGACGGAGUGCUGCAAUUCGCUUACGUCGUUGGACAAUCUUACAAAGACAGCGAGGGGGUGGUCACGGAUGUACCCGCCGUGUCAUGUUCGCCUGCUGGAUCUUCUCAAACUUGCUUGGUCGUGGAAGAUGCCAUCAAAACGGGGGGGGUGCGGAUCCACAUCCAAGACCAACUAUUCGACAACUCGUGCUCGGAUACAACAUGCCCGUACACCGUCAGCAAAUGCAAACUCGUCCCCAUAUCGCCCAAGCCAGUGGCAUUGACUGGGCCAGCGAUCCGCGCCACAUCCAGCAACAUCGUCGCGGACAUUCAGCAUCUCAGCGACACUGCGUCUCCUGACGAGACGACGCAAGCGGCUUUGCAGGUGGCGAUGGCCGCAUCUAGUGAAGUGUUCAGUGACACUGUGAGCUUGUUUUGGGGGGUCGUGACGACGGGCACCAAGCCCAAAAUGAUGAAAAACGUACCCAACUACUGCGGUGUCAAACGCGUCUUCAACUCGACCAUUAACCCCCUGUGGCUGUCCAACCCGUGCUGCAACAGCGACUUGGCCGAGUUCAUGUGCUGCCUGCCUCAGGAUGUCCCCCACGGCACGAUCAACGUCAUCACGGGCCUGAACAAGGAGGUCGUGGAUGCAAACUGCCCCCUCAAUGCCGACUUGAUGUUUUCCUUCUUGAACGGGGCGUACGUGGGUUUAACCUCGGCCCAAGAUGCUGUGAAUGCGCUGGACAUGGCACAUUCCACGGACGCCCAAUCCAUAGUGGACUCACUCCAACGUUUGUGCGACGCUGCGAUCAUGAAUGCCACGUCACAGACCUGCCAGACGGACGAUGACUGCGCGGUGUGCUCUCAAAGCCAGUGUCAAAUUGACCCCAUUACGCUGACUGGCACGUGCACUGUGCCUUAUGAUAACUUGGUCGGAUGCACAAUCGAAUGCAUUCGAGACUCGAUGGACCCCCUUAUGCUACGGUACCUCAAACACGAUUGGAACUUGACGUCGGCGAACUCGGACCAAGACUUCGCGAUGGCGUUUGUGAGUGUGGCCACAGACGUAGGGUGUGCCGGACCGUUGGCGAAGUCUGACGACAUUGGCACGACCAAGCCGAUGCUCGUGUGCAAUGCCACUUGUCAAAUUUCUCACAUGUGCGACGACACGGAAUACCAGUUCUACCUCCGUCGCAACCUUCACAACCCCCGUCUCGACUUUUCCGUGGCGUCUACAUGCACCAACAACGGCGGGCGAUCGGUCUGCGCAACCUAUUUACCAAACGGCAACUGCCAGUCGUAUCAAUGCACGUUUGACACGAUCCAAACCGAUUGCAAGGCGGAAGCCCACUGCAUCUCUCAAUGUCAACUCCCGCUCACGGCUGGAGGGUGUACAAUUGUAAAUGGCAACUGGUACACGGAUGUGUCUGGGACCGGUCGAUGCUGUCCACCGGACGCAAACUUUCAUGCAGCGACGCUAACGACACUUGCAGUUUGCACUUAUCAGCAACCCAACGCCCCCGUGCUAGCGUAUCAAGUGCACGACCCGCUGUGUUGUGCCGCCAACAAUGGAACGUGGUUCAUGGUAGACGACAGUACCGGCAGUUGCUGCUUUGGACGCAUCAUCACCAUCCAAAACAAAGGCGUGAGUCAGUUGGCCUGCCAGACAUCCGUCAAUGGCUGGGACGUGGCCACGUGCAUGAGCUCGUGCGCGCGUUUCCACACCAGCUGCAAUGCUUGCAAACGCCAAAGUGCCGCAGCGUCGGUCGACGGGGGCGCGUGCUGUGCGAUGCAAACUGUCGUAGCAAACCAAACCGCGUGUCUGUCCAAGACCUCGUGCAACAAUAAACAAGUGGCCAACAACCACUGCAACGACCCGACUCCGUUUUGCGCCAAGUGUAGCGGCAAGGACUGCGUCAGCGUGACCAAGCCACCCACGUGUUUGAUUGAAGUUCAAAAGCCUUCCGACUGCCCUGCCGCCGGGGGAACGUGGAACCCGUCGUUAAAACAAUGCAUGUCUGGCAAGACAACGAUUACAGCGUCCGACUGCUUUAUUCGACCCGACUUGUGCCCGAGUGUGACCAACUUUACCAGUUUCUACACCGUCGUGCCUCUGUACCCUCGCCGUACCACUCGGUGUCUGUUCGGGUGCUACUUGCCAUCGCUUUCCAAAACGUCAUGUUUAGCGAACACAAAGUACACGUGGGAUGGUACCCACGGCAACGGGUCUGGCAUUUGCGUCGGACGUCGCAACGCCAUCAAGACGUUGGCGUCGUGCACGACCGAAGGCGGGGUGUUCUUGAAUGCGACGAAGUCCUAUUUCCCUGGAGCCUUUGCCACCCAAGACCAGUGCGACCAAGGCAAGUGCAUUGGCAGCCCCAGCAACGACGGGUGGAGCUCGUCGCAGUGCUUGAAUUUGACCUUUGGAACGUGCUCUGUUCCGUGCAGCGCUUGUACUUCGCAGUCGCUUCCCUUUUCCCAACAAGAUCAAGGUGGGUGUGUCAGCUCCGACGUCACGUAUUGCACCAGCAUCAACGCCACUGCCACAACACCUUGUGUGGUGUCAGACGCAACAACUGCCGUUGCCUGUGCGGCGCUGUCGUCCACAGAGUGGGUGUCGUGCUCGCAAUUUUUAACCCCGUCAACUUGCGGCAAUGUGACUGACGUGGUCGCGUCCUUGUUGACAUGUGGAUGGACCACCCAGAAUUGUCCGACGCACGCGAAGUGCUCUGCCCAGGGAUCGUGCAACGACAUCGAUAACAUGCGCAUGCAAUGCUUGGACUUGGACUGGCCCUUUGGUGAUACUUGUGUGGGCACCAUUCAACUCAACGUGACCAACAGCAAAGGCAUCUCCUUAACAAGAAACCAAGUCAAGCAGUGCCAGGUUUGCCAUCGCAUCAAUGGCGUUUGCGUGCAGGCCGUGCAAGCCAAUCGGCUGUGUCCAGUCGAACUAUCGCAUCCGAUGGGGUGCCGAGUGUCGGGGGUGUGGGACACUGCGGUCUGUGGAGUCCUAGGCGGAACAUGGUACACCCGUUCGACCACUGAAGCCGAGUGCUCGUCGUACAAGCAAUGCCGAGAGCGGGGCGUGGACAGAGUCUCCAAGAAAAAUGCGACAGAGUGCACCAAAUGCAAGGGGGUAAUGGCGCCGUUGUUCAAGUGGACGCCGGGCAGGUGGUCUGGUCCGUCCGUCGAAUCCUAUACGUGGAAUGCCGAUGGAACUCACCUCACACCUGUCAACCAAUGGAAAACGUCGAUUUCGCAACCCAAAUUGGCCAAAGCAUUGGUACGCCCCCUCGCACGGCGACUGGCCAACGUGCAAUCUCAAAAAGCACUGCUCAUGUACAACGCCAUGACGGACGUGCUCGCGACGUUGGCUUGUGCAUGCGGUGCAGAUGCUUCGACGUCGUGCUUUCAGCCCCCUACAAAUGGCUCCAAAGUGGCAGAGACGACCGUCUAUUGCGGACUAGACGCAGCCGUGGACACUGGGUUCGGCUCGGCCUCCGUUUCAACCAAUUGUUCGGCCCCGUUGCAACGACGACGACUGGCAACUGGGGACGGCACGUCGGACACCACGACCUUGGCUUGGUUUGCUUUUCCCCUCGCCACGUUUACGAUGUUCUCGUUGUCCCCACAGUGCAACUCGUCGGAAUUGAGUCCACUAGUCGUCCAGUCCCCCCAACGCGUGACGUACGGCCAAUUGCUCGGGCCAGGGCAAGGGUUCACAGUCACGUCCGGCCAGUCGACCAGCGCCACGCUGUGUCUGUCGUUGUCGCCCAACGUUCAUUCGUGGGAUGCCUUGUUUGAUACAGUGGAUGUCGCCACGUACGCCAGUGGGAUGUUCACGCCGCUGAACCUUCUGACGUUUUUGCCAUCUCCGGAAAACCAGCUCUGCAUCGCGGCGGCACCCAACACCACGUACUUUCCCAUUAAGCGAGCCAACAUCAGCGGCCUCGACACCUUGGUGUGCUCCCCAUCCUGUUCGAAUGAUGCAAGCAUUUGCGUCUUCAACACCACGGCGCAGGCCACGCAGUGUUUGUGUCGUUGUGGGUCGUCUGGCGCGACCUGCGCAACCUUGGCAUGUCCGAGCAACUGUUCCAAUGCUGGAGUGUGCAAUUUGGGUGGCACGUGUACUUGUAAUGCUGGCGCGGAUGGUCCUGCCUGUGACCAAGUCAUCACCCUCCCUCCCUCUUCUACUUCCCCAACUCGUACAAGCACAAGCGGUUCGUCCACACCAUCGGAUACUCCCACAACUUCCACGAGUACUGCUUCCUCGCCAACGCCUACUCCCGCAAACACCUCUCCAACUUCCACAGUCGAUACUUCGGCACCAUCAAACGCGACUACGACAACUUCACCCCCUGUCGCCACGACGGACGUUCCAGUCACCACUCGUACGACUACACCACCUCCAACGACCACGAAGAGCGAUGCCCCUCGCCCACAUACGAGCGUGAACGUUGGUUCGUUGGUCAUCGUGGCUAUUCUGAUCUGCAUUUUGACAUGAGGCGAUGUACUGCUAAUGAAUUUUCCUUUACUCGGUAGUUGCUGACGGGGUUGUUGCCCUCUCUUCCAUAACACUAAACAUCAGCGGUGCUGUUACAUGCGAUGCUACAUCUUGGACCUGUUCGGAUUCUUGCAUAUUCCACCGAGUGCUCGAAAGGCAACAGAAAAUUGGGUCGUUUUUUGGUGGUAACUUGGUUCUUGGAGUCGUCCUUGUGUCGAGGUUGUGUUCGUGGAAUGGAACCAAUCACAAGGAGACAUUUCACUUGCGCACGUUGGAACUCGCCCUGCUGAUCUCACCUUCAAAGGCUAUUCCUGGAUCUCAAAUGUAUGCACUCCCUCA